UAGAUAAAAAUAAAAGACGGAUUUCUACUUCUUUGUCUCUCUUCCUCUUCUUCCCUUUUCCUUCUUCUCCUCCACGGCGGCGUAGUGCUGUGUGGUGACGGCGAGAUUAGCGACGAUUUGUUGUUUCUACUUCUGCUUCUGCAAGCAAUCGGCUGUCAGGGAUUUACUGUGGCUGUGAAAACUGGUUUGACAAAGGAUUUGGGUGUUCAUCCUAUAGCGGCUGAAGAAUUUGUCACCAUGCGAACUCCUACAAGGGAGAUUCGUAGAAAUCCUGAGGUUUGUUGACAAUUGAGAAGUCAGAAUCUGAGGCUAAAGAUGCAGCAGGGGUAUAAAACGGAUGCAAGCUUAAUCAAUUUGUAAUUCGAAAACUUUAGUCAGUCCUUUCAGAUAGGUAACAGGGAUUUUGAGAAAAUCGCUGCUGGGAAUGACGCUAUUAAAGCGCUAUGUAUUGCGAUUAUUCUUAUCUUUGAAGUACAUAACAGCGAAUGUGGUAGAUAGAAACAAUGGACGAGUCGUUGCAACUGCAUCCACAGUGGAGCACUCCAUAAAAAACUCACUUGAAUGUGGCCGGUCUUGUAAUGCUAAGGCAGCAGCAAUUGUUGGAGAGGUGUUGGCUAUGCGACUCAAAGUUGAUGGUCUCGAACAGGGGCAAGGAAGAGGGAUUCACGCAGACAUAAAAAAAGAAAUUGAGAAGAAAGGCUUCAAAAACCACACAAAAAUCUGGGCUAUAGUGAACUCACUAAAGAAUAACGGAGUUAAACUCAUUCUCGACAACAAUGUUGACGACAAUGCAGCUCAAUCGAACUAUCAAUAAGCAUCGAAAAGCGAUCUUAUUGUCCAUCCCUAAGAAAAAAGUGGGUUAGGCUAGAGCUCAACCAUCAUGGAAGACUAGAUGCUGCUAAAGUGGAAGGUACUAUCUUUAUUAAACAUCAGUCACUCAUGAUAUUUGGAAGUUUAUGAAGCAGAGACAACUUUAUAUCUCCACUUAUAAAAUGCUGGCAUGUUGAUAUAGUGAUACCACAGCCCACUUGGGCUAAUGAUAAUGUUAUCACACUAAAAUGGCCUUAUAUGAUCAUCAAACUCUACACUACUUUCUCCUCUUUCAUCCCGGUUUUUACUUUGUUUUUUUUUUCUCCCUUUUACUGGUUUAAGAGUUGUAUAGAGAUUAGCUUUUGUUUUCUGGUUUAAGAGGCUGUCGUUUUCUUGCUCGUGCUGUUUGAUAUCACACUGUUGCGUGAAAGAAUUGUAGAAUAGAAGAUACUAAUCAAGUCUUUUCAGGUUUUUGAAUGAAGAUUCCAUUUCAUAAGAA